AUGUCGGACAUGAGUGACCGCCUCAAGGGGAAGCUGAAGCACAUGGCUCGGCAGACUCCCAACGGAUAUCGCAAGCAGCGACCCGGUAGCGGCCCACGGCACUUUGCUGAUGACAACUACCCGAACCACGGGAAGCGUCCGCGUGAUGAAGAGGAGGGAAGGCAGCAGGACAGCAAGUCCAGCAGCAGCCGGGCUCCCAGUGGCAAGGGGGUAGGAAAGAAUGCCAGCGACGGUGGAGAGGGCGAGGUGCUCGGUGUCAUUCCAAAAACUACCCUCGAAGAUAUGGGUGGCUUGGCCAAGGAGCUGCCGGUAAUUAAGGAGCUCAUUCAGCUGCCUAUCCGCAUGCCGCAUCUCUUCAACUACCUUGGUGCAGACCCGCCAUGCGGCGUCUUGUUGCACGGUCCCCCAGGCGUUGGCAAGACGAGGCUCGUCCACGCUAUCGCUGGCUCGCUGCAGGUGCCCCUCUUCUUCGUCUCGGCGCCAGAGAUUGUCUCCGGCAUCAGCGGCGACAGCGAGGCAAAACUGAGGAACUUGUUCAUGGACGCCAUAGCAGCGUCGCCGAGCAUUGUUUUCAUCGACGAGAUCGAUACCAUUGCAGGCCGUCGCGAAGAUGCCCAGCGCGGUAUGGAGAGCCGCAUCGUUGGACAGCUGCUUACGUGCAUGGAUCAGGUGUCGCAGGCGUGGCGGCAGCACAGGAAGGUGGUGUGCGUGAUGGGGGCGACUAACCGCCCUGAAGCGCUCGACACGGCGCUGCGCCGCGCUGGCCGGUUUGAUCGCGAAAUCGCCCUCGGCAUCCCUUCGAUCGACGAGCGGCAGAGCAUCCUCAAUAUCAUCUGCUCAAAGAUUAAUUUGUCGGACGACGUCGAUUUCUUCGAGCUCGCCAACAUGACCCCCGGCUACGUCGGCGCAGACUUGCAGCUUCUCGUCAAGGAGGCGUGCGUCCUCGCUAUCCGCCGCAAGUACAAGGAGCUGGACGAGCGCGGUGCUGUGGAGGGUGUAAAGACGGAGGAGCUCUCCGGGUUCUGCGUUACGUUUGGUGAGCUGAAGGAGGCAACGAAGCGGGUGCAGCCGUCGGCGAUGCGGGAGGGCUUCACGACCAUCCCGAACGUUUCCUGGGACGACGUUGGCGCCCUCGAAGACGUGCGAGAGGAGCUGGUGACCAGUAUAUUGCAGCCUAUCCGGGCGCCGAAGCUGCACCACCGCUUUGGUCUCGAUCACCCUGUCGGUGUGCUGCUCUACGGUCCACCAGGCUGCGGCAAGACACUGGUUGCAAAGGCAAUCGCGAACCAAUCUGGAGCAAACUUCAUCUCGAUCAAGGGGCCAGAGCUGCUCAACAAGUUCGUUGGGGAGAGUGAGCGCAGCGUACGCAUGGUCUUCGCGCGUGGGCGGGCAAGCGCUCCAUGUGUUCUCUUUUUCGAUGAGUUGGAUGCCCUGGCACCGCGCCGUGGGUCGGACAGGGCAAACCCAAGCAGCGAGCGCGUGGUAAACCAACUUCUGACAGAGCUGGACGGCGUGGAAGGGCGAAAGGAUGUCUACGUGAUUGGAGCCACGAACCGCCCCGAUAUGAUUGACCCUGCCAUGCUGCGUCCAGGUCGCCUGGACAAGCUGUUAUACGUGCCGUUGCCGUCGGCUGCGCAGCGCGGAUCGAUUCUGCAGACCCACGCCCGCAAGUAUCCAGUGGAUGCUGAGGUGAACCUGGAAAGGCUGGCGCUUGACGAGCGGCUCGCCGGCUUCAGCGGUGCCGACUUGGCAGCCCUAAUGCGCGAGGCAUCGCUGACCGCGCUAAAAGGCGUGUACAGGUCGCACACGAAAGACGAGCUGGAAGGGCUGGAGCGCGACAUCACCGGCAAGAGCGCCGACACGGCGGCUUUGCCUACCAUCACGGCAGACAACUUCGAGGCUAGCUUGGCAAAGAUCAAACCAUCGGUCUCUGCGGCGGAUCGGGCAAAUUAUGAGAGCAUGAGUCUUGAGUUACGCAACAGCGCCAAGAGUGUCGGGUAA